AUGUCUAAUCAUCAACAACAACAACAACCCACCUCCAUCUUGCGGACGGCCUCGACGGCUUCCUCUUCUUCUUCGAGCUCCGAUCUCAAAAGCCCUCGUAUGGCACGAUUCGCUGAGGCUACGACUGUGAUCUCGCCCAUUGACCCUUCACAAGAUCCAGCUCGAUCUCCUUUUGCAGAUCCUCCAGAUGCCAUGUCGAAAGAAGCCCAACAUCAUGUUUCUGAUGUUGGCUUCGGAUAUGUAAAUGAUAGUGAUCCAGCACGACAUGCAUAUCAUCCUCCUCUCACGCCUGCCUCGCCUUUGAAGAGUGCACUUAAGACUCCAGGGACGGCGAGGACAUUAAACCCGUUCAGUCCAACCUUCCGAGAAGAGGUCAUAUUAGAGAAGGAGGAGAAGAAGACUCAGAGAGACAAUGCUCGAGAUAUUAAAAUCAAAAUCCGGGUGAGAGCUGCAAAAAUCAUUUUGCGCUUUGUCAACUUUAGUUGCUCCCUCAUAGUUCUCUCGCUCCUAUCGACCAGUUUGACUAUUUUCAGGACGACCAAGAGUCUCCCUGAGCGUAGUAAUCUUCCUCCAUGGGCAGAAGGAACAAAUCCUUGGCCACAAUAUAUGCUGCUUGUCAUGUCCUGUAUUUCUUUGUUUACCGCAUUGAUGGUUUUCUAUUACUACUGGAGAGGUGGCUUCAAAAGGGGCGAAAAGGCUUCUAUAUACUACUCGCUCUUCUCGGUGGCCUUCUUCACCUUUAGUACUAUUAUGUGGAUUGUUGGAGCAGCCAUCUAUGAAGCUUCUAAAUCAAAUGGCGGUGGAGAAGAUAUGUGGGGUUGGUCUUGCAAUGAUAACUAUCGCCGUCAGCUCUUCUCAGAAGAGGUCAACUACGCCCUAGUUUGCCGUCUGCAGGAUUGGUCCCUAGUGUGCGCCAUCAUUGAAGUCGUGCUUGAGGUGAUAGUCAUCUUCAUCUACGGAUUCGUUUUCUACCGAAUCUAUUCCAAGAGGCGCUUGCGAAGAGCCAUGAACCUCAGAGACAAGGCUCGCUCUGAUCUAUACCUUGCUCAGCUCCGUGUCCAGUCCGCACCGAAUACUCCUGGAUUCUUCCCGAUGACCCCCAAAUCACCGUACGUAUCAAUGGCAGCUGCUGUUAACCAAGACAGUUAUUCGGCAGCCGAAAAUGGACAGAACUAUGGCGUGCAAUACGCGAACCCCAAGCCGCCCACGCGAGUAGCCAGCCAACCAUUCCAGCUACAAGCACCGCCUAUUCGGGUCCAGAAUGCGACUCCCCAAGUCGCCCAGCAAGGCUUUGGCGCAACCGAUGCUGCUCCGACUUCCUCGGCUAGCACUACAGAAGAGGACUUGUCACAUAAAGUCAAUGAGCACGUUGGUGCUGCUUUGGGUGAACAGACCUUCGACGCUGUCCCAAUUCCAGGUGCCUAUGCUGGAACCCAUCCUCCACAAGAUCAUUACGAAGGCUAUGACUGA